CAUGCUGUUAAUGAGAAUAGUAAUUCGCUUUUCUUAACAAUAGGACCCGGAGAUUUCUUGGUUCACCAUGCUAUUGCUCUAGGUUUGCAUACAACUACACUAAUUUUAGUAAAGGGUGCUUUAGAUGCACGCGAUUCCAAAUUAAUGCCGGAUAAAAAAGAAUUCGGAUAUAGUUUUCCUUGCGACGGCCCUAGGCGCAGUGGUACUUUUGAUAUUUCUGCUUGGGACACAUUUUAUUUGGCAGUUUUCUGGAUGUUAAAUACCAUUGGAUGGGUUACUUUUUAUUGGCAUUGGAAACACAUAACAUUAUGGAAGGACAACGUUUCACAAUUUAAUGAAUCCUCCACUUAUUUGAUGGGAUGGUUAAAAGAUUACCUAUGGUUGAACUCUUCACAACUUAUCAAUGGAUAUAAUCCUUUUGGGAUGAAUAUUUUAUCAGUAUGGGCUUGGAUGUUCUUAUUUGGACAUCUUGUUUGGGCUACUGGAUUUAUGUUCUUAAUUUCCUAGCGUGGAUAUUGACAGGAAUUAAUCGAGACUUUAGCAUGGGCUCAUGAACGCACACCUUUGGCUAAUUUAAUUCGUAGGAGAGAUAAGCUUGUGGCUCUUUCCAUUGUGCAAGCAAGAUUGGUUGGAUUAGCCCACUUUUCCGUGGGUUAUAUUCACUUUUUGCUGCAGGGCGUGCCAGUUCCACCCAUCGGGGGUUACAAAUGGUUGUACAUGGCGAUCGACAAGUUCAAGAAGUGGCCAGAGCCAAUAGCAGUCGUGAAGGCCAACAAAAACUCGGUGCUCAAGUUCAUCAAAGACCUGGUGGCACAGUUUGGUGCUCCGAACAGAAUCAUCACCGACAACAGAACCACUACAAGAAAUCUUUUAAUCCAUGACGAAUUUUUUGUGACAUUUACGGAAGUCGUCAUAAAUAGAUAG